AAAAUUUAUUGAAUAAAGUUUAGCAGUUUCCCUUCUUUGAUUCAUCAACCAGUGGAAUGUUCUGUUCUUUCUGCACGAAAAGCGCUUCCAAUUUAGUAACACAUUCAUUAUGCGGCUGCUGUUUGAAGCAUCUCGAAUGCUACGAAGCAACUGUGGCCAAUCGAUUGGCAGAUCAUGCAAAGAAGAUCAUCGUACCGGAUGAAGAUGCUAAUGGGAAGGUCGAUUGCGAAAUCUGCCUGGAGAAGUACCCGGAAAAUGAAUUUGAGGAACACCGGGAGAUGUGCACGGCACGAUUGGUGUUCCACUGUGCCGUUUGCGAUGGAGACUACGUGAGCAAGGAAGGGCUGUGGAAUCAUCUGGAUUUGCAUGAUGUUGCAGAUGCAAGUAAAGAAUCAUACUACCGUGAGACGAGAGCCACGUACAAACUACACAAAUGUGGAUUGUGCAAUGAUCAACGUGGUUAUCAGGAGAGUCUGUACUGGAUACACGUUCACGAAGAUCAUGAUGGGUUCUUUCUGCAGUGUUCGGAGUGUGGCGAUAACUUUCGUUCAAAAAAGUCCAAGAAUGAUCACGCUCUAAGCCACUGUAAAGCUACUGUAGAACAAACGGUGGAUCACCAAGUUAGUAACAUAGUUCAUCCGAUUAAAGUUGAAACCCCGGCUUUAGAUAGCUGUGGAAAUUGGCAUCAAUGCGGAAAUGCUGUUGAAGGUAUGAAUAGUAGUAUGACUGCGGACAACUGCGGCAAUACAGAAGAAAUAUUCUGUGAGAAUAGUCCUAGUGAAUCAUCAGAAACUAAGUGUUCCUAUUGUGACAAAAUGUUCCACGAUAAAACGUUAUUAACCUGUCACGUCGAAAAUUGUCAUCUUCCAAAUGUGUGCAAUAUCUGCGGAGAAACUGUUUUUGGUCGAACCAGAUUCCGUUAUCAUAAGUUGAAAAAUCAUACGGAACCAAAACAUAAAUGUCCGUACUGUCCGAUGGAGUUUCACCGGAACAAUAAUUUUCAGCGUCAUAUGUCCAGACAUGUCGAGGAAAGAAAUUUUCCCUGCGAGUUAUGUGGCGCUAAAUUUAAAUCUUUGCAAUACGUGGCAUUGCACAAAAAACGAAACCAUGAAGUGAAGAAACUGCAGACUAAUCCUCCGGAUUGUAACGAGAAGAACUCAGUUGAUGAAUCGUCACAACACUCUGACCAUGUGGCCUCAGAUGACGAGCCUUCCACUAUUUAUCAUUGUCCAGUUUGCGAUGUAAAGUUCGACGACGAGGAACUAUUUGCUCAACACGUUGGCGGAGUCCAUCAACUGACCUUUUGUAGCAUAUGUGGCACAACUUUCGCCAGUGUCGAUCAGCUGAAUGAACACAAGGAAACGCAUCAUCCAACAGUCAAAUAUAGCUGUAGCCAGUGUUAUCAGACGUUCGAUAAGAAAACAUCUUUCCAAGGGCAUUUGGCAGAGCACGAAAAGAAGGCAAAAUUCCAGUGCGGAUUGUGUGAUCACCGAUUUGAAGACCAAACCACGCUUCAAAGUCAUAUGGUGAGCGACCACAAUACCGUUAUGAACCCGGAUGGGAUCCAGUGCACAUGUCCAAUUUGUGGAGAAACUAUUCCUAGUAUUCUUAUGUUUCGACACCACAAGCUAAAAUUCCACACAGAACCGAAAUAUCAAUGUUCGCAUUGCCCUCGAAAGUUCCUCACAAAGGGUAACUACAUGUGUCAUGUCGUGGCCCACAAAAGAAAGAGGAUAUUCUCGUGCAGAUUCUGUAGUGUUCGAUACAAACGCCUACAUAUGCUAGAAGCUCACAUGGAGCGACGGCACGGCAGCGAGUUGAAAGAUGCCGACCAGUCAGGACAAGUUAUUACUAUCAACAAUCAAGACAUGGUUCUGCAGAACGUUGAGCCUGAAGACUUGGAUCAUGAAAACUCGUUGAGUGCAUACGACGAAGGAGAAGGGGAUGAAGAUGUCGAAAUCAAGGAAGAAAUUCUAGUUGAAGAAGCUUCAAUAGCACCUUCAAGUUUUAACUCGACGCAAUGUUCGCAAUGUCAUCAGAUGUUCGGUGAUGCAAAUGAACUCCACGAUCACCUUAAAGUCAGUCAUCAAUCGAUAAAGUGCGCAAUCUGUGAACUUGACUUUGAAAAUCAAGUCAGAUUAAGGUAUCACAAGCUGGUUUCUCACACUGAACCACGGUAUGAGUGUUCGCACUGUGCAAAGAAGUUUCAUGUUAAAACCGCGCUUGUUCGCCACGAAUGGACGCAUCGGAAGGACGAUGGUGCUGAAAAUUCGUUGAAACCUGUCAUCAGAACCCGCAUUAGGUCCAAGUUCGCUGCACCGAAGACAACGACACGUGAAGCAGACCAAUCGACCGGUAUUGAAUGUAAUCUGUGCUCGAGUAAAUUUCUAACUGAAGAGCGGCUACAACGGCACAUUGACUAUACCCAUUCCAAGGCAGAGGUGCAAUGUACAAUCUGCGAGCUCACUUUUCCUUCGCAGUAUAAAAUGUAUUAUCACAAGACAAAAGUUCACACCGAACCCCAACAUAAGUGUCCACAUUGCGAAAAGAAGUUCCAUGUGAAAUACCGCCUUCAGGAGCACUUGGUUGUCCAUUUGACGUCGGGGGAUAAUCGCAAUCUGAACGGCUCCGAAUGUCCUGCGAAAGUGAGAGAGGAAAUUGCUUCCAAAUUAGUUACGCACUCACUAUGCGGCUGCUGUUUGGUGCACUUGGAAAGCUGCGCUGCAACCGCAGAAAAGUCCAUUCCAGUCGUUUGGGAGGAAGAUGCGGCUCGGAAAGUUGAGUGUGAUAUCUGUCUUGAGGAGUACCAGGAAAAUGAACUGCAGCAGCAUCGGGAGACGUGCAUGCCACGGUUGGUGUUCCGGUGCUCCUUGUGCGACGAAGACUAUAUGAGUGAAGAAAGUGUGUGGAACCAUCUGAUUGAGCAUCAGAUUGCACACGAGGACAAAGAAUUGUACUACCGGGAAAAGAGAGUAACUUAUAAACAACACAAAUGUAUCCUUUGCAAUGAUCAACGUUCUUAUCGGGAAAGUAGCUACUGGCAGCAUGUUCAUGAAGAACAUGAUGGGUACUACCUACGAUGUUCAGAAUGUGGUGAAAGUUUCCCAUCAAAAAAACGUAUGGCUGAGCAUGGUCUUAACCAUUGCAAAUCUAGGGAACAAACGAUAACAUCUGAGUCUGGUGGAUUAGAAAUGGGUGAUGAUUAUGCGAAUACCAAUAUCAAUGAGCAUUCAUCGCAAGAAAAGUCGAACGAAGCGUCUGAGAAGGAUUUUGAAACGAACCAAGAUCAGCAGUCGUCACUCGAAAUCGAGGUAGUUGAAUCCUAUGGACAAAAUUCUACGUUGGUUGAGAAUUGUGACGAUGGUCUUACUGAUUGCAAUCAAAUCGGUGAUGAUGUGGACGAAGAUGAAUGCAAGGGGCAUGCAUCAGAAGAAAUUUUGCAGCCCCCUGUUGAGAAUUGUUCGAGUAGACCGUCCGAUGCACAGUGUCCUCAAUGCAACAAAGAAUGUUCUAAUGCUAGGGCACUCUCACGUCACAUUAAGAGCACACAUCAACCGGCCACGUGUGAUGUUUGUGGGCUUUUUUUCAGCAGUGGUAACCAAGCUAAUUAUCAUAGGAUAAGAAAUCAUUCAAAAAAGAACUACCAAUGUUCGAUAUGUUUUAACACAUUCAGAUCAAAGGAUUCUCUCGGGAAGCAUGUAAGAGGUUUUCAUUUUCAUCGGCAAAUAGUGGCUCAAACUGGCUCCUCCGACAGUGUCAAGAAGCAAGAGCCGAAUAAAGCCAAGAUAUUGUGGAGUGUUAAGACUGAUUGUCCAAUUUGCCGGAAAAAGUUCAGCGAUCAAAGUCAAGUUUCUCAGCACGUCGAGGAGAUGCAUAAGGUGACCAUUUGUACCAUUUGCAGGGAGAUCUUCACCAAUGCGGAUGAGCUAAGCAAUCACAAGUGUUCAAUGUGCCCUCACUGUAGUAAAGGGUGCUACAAUCGCACACGUCUAAUAACUCAUAUCGAGUUGUGUCAUGAGAUGAUCACGUGUGACGUCUGCGGAGUUUCCGUUUCCGGUAGAAGUAAAAUAUGGCAUCAUAAGAUGAAAGUGCACUCGGCGCCGAAACUGAAAUGCUCCCAAUGUUCGAAGAAAUUUCAUUUCAAAUGUGACUAUAAGCGCCACUUGUCUUUGUGUGUGAAGAAUGAAUAUAAGUGCAAAUUAUGUGGUUGCAAGUUGAAUUCUUUCACCUUUGUCGCCACUCACAUGAGAAUAGUUCAUGGUGUUACGAGACCCCAAGAAGCUCUCGCAAACCGCAACGAUAAAAAGUACCAUGACAUUUUGGAUGUGAAGGAAACAUCGAUGUUGAAAUCUGUAGAUCGAAUGCCCCAUGACCAAUCUGAGCGUAGUUUUACCAUUGAGGGUGAUGAUAAGGAUGAUACGCCUAAAGAUGUCGCUAAGACAAACAAUUCCAUGUCCUCUCAAGUAAAAGAAUUUAAAGGCAAGAAUAGAAGAGUUAAAGUUGCAGCGAAAGUCUCGCAAGUUCUUGGUGGGACUACAUCGAGUGCGAAGAAGUUUCACAAUGAAGGUGCCUAUAAACGUCAUCUAUCUAGGCAUAAUAAGAUUCGAAACGUGUUCCCCUGUAAACUCUGUGGUCGCAAGUUUAAGCGUUUAGCUUACGUCAGGAAGCAUAUAAAACAGGUUCAUUCUGUAAGAAAAACUCAAACCAAUAUUGCAACCAGCAAAGAACUGAACCAAGAACUUGAUCUCAAAACGGAAAUCUCAGUAGAGGAAACUCAUCUACAACAAAAUGAAAGUCAAGUUCGAAAUGACGACAUUGAAAAAUUCAUCUCAAAACAUACUGUUUCCAAUGCUUCUCAAACCAAUACUGCAACCAACAAAGAACCGAACCAAAUGGAAAUCUCUGUAGAGGACACUCAUCUACAACAGAAUGAAAGCCAGUUUUUAAAUGACGACAUUGAAAAAUUCCUCUCAAAACAUACUAUUACCAAUACUGCAACCAACCAAGAACUUGAGCUCAAAAUGGAAAUCUCUGUAGAGGAAACUCAUCUACAACAGAAUGAAAGUCAAGUUCUAAAUGACGACAUUGAAAAAUUCAUCUCAAAACAUACUGUUUCCAAUGCUUCUCAAACCAAUACUGCAACCAACAAAGAACUGAACCAAGAACUUGACCUCAAAAUGGAAAUCUCUGUAGAGGAAACACAACUACAGCACACACCUGCUGUUGUCAAUUCUUCAUUCCUUGAAAAGUGUCCCCACUGUGACAAAAACUUCAAGUACACAUCUCUAUCCCGUCACAUCAAUGAUAACCACAAGAUGCGCUUGUGUGAUUUCUGCAGAGUUUCUUUUUCAAGCAAACGUCAACUCAAUUAUCAUGUGAUGAUUUGCCACACGGAUCCGAAGCACAAAUGUCCUCACUGUCCGCAGACGUUUCACGUGAAAUCUACAUAUUUACGCCAUGUGGUCACACAUAAGAAAUAUGAUAUCUUCAAGACCAACCAGCUGAUGAGCUCGUUCCAGCAGAUUUUGGACAACGACAAGUCGCCGAACGAUGAUAUCUUCAAGACCAACCAGCUGAUGAGCUCGUUUAGCAGAUUUUGGGACAACAUUUUCAAACUGCUUUUUGAGGCCACAAACAACCCGAGCCAACAUCCUAAAUUGCACAAGUUCCUACAGAACGUGAUUGGGUUCGAUUCCGUGGAUGAUGAGUCCGAACCGGCGAAUCCACUGUUCGAUGGGGACGCCAGGGGCGAGGCCGGCCCACACUCGUUAGGCGAUUGCUGUUUGGUGCAUUUAAAAUGCUGCGAAGCAACAGCAGCGAGUCGAUUGGCUGUCGGUGAAGAUGCGAUUCGGACGGUUGAGUGUGAUAUCUGUUCCGAGGAGUACCAGGAGGAUGAACUCCAACGGCAUCGGGAGAUGUGUAUGCCACGGUUGGUGUUCCGUUGUUCCUUGUGCGACGAAGACUAUCUGAGUAAGGAGGGUCUGUGGAAUCAUCUGAGUCUGCAUGAGAUUGCAAACGAGAGUAAAGAAUUAUAUUACCAGGAAAGAAGUGUAACGUAUAAGCAACACAAAUGUAUCCUGUGUAAUGAUCAACGUUGUUUUCAGGAGAGUGUCUACUGGAGGCACGUUCAUGAAGAUCACGAUGGCUUUUUCCUGCGGUGUUCCGAGUGCGGCGAAAGCUUCCGGUCACAACAACGUAUGUCUGAUCAUGCUUUGAACCAUUGCACAUCUAGAGAACAAGCGAUGCCAUUCGAAUCUGGUGGACUAGACAUGGAUGACGGCAAUGCUACUGGUGACAAACAGCAGGAUUCACUCGAAUCAGAGAUAGUUGAAUCCUUGUCGGUUGAUUUCUAUGAACAUUGUUCUGAAUUGGUUACGGAGUGUGACGAUAAUCGUACUGGUUGUUAUGAUCAAAUCAACGAUGAAAUCGAGAAAACAUCCGACGUGCAACCAGUUUCUCAACUGAAAAACAAAAAGAAUAAUCCGAUUCCGAACGUGGCUUCAGGGGGCAUUUGUUCGAGUGAAUCGUCCGAUAUAAAAUGUUCCCAAUGCAACAAGAAGUAUUUCAGUGCUAAGAUCCUCUCACGUCACUUCCAAAGAUGUCAUCGGCCGACCACGUGCGACGUCUGUGGAGUUGUUUUCAGCACUUUUAACCAAUUCCGUUAUCAUAAGUUAAUCAGCCACUCUGGAGUUCUUUAUAAAUGUCAUGAAUGUCCGAUGGAAUUUAAUGUAAAACAUUCUUAUCAACGUCAUGUGGCCAGACAUCACAAGGCUAUGAAGUUGUGCUGUAAAAUAUGUAAUCGCAAACUCAAAACCUCAGUCGCUUUGGCAAAACAUAUGAGUUUAUGCCAUAGUGACUUUACUAAGAUCCAACAGCAAUAUCAAGCCAAAACGGUUGUCAAAACUGAUUGUCCAAUUUGUCGGAAAAGUUUCAGCGAUCAGGAACAAGUUUCCCAACACGUCCAGAAGAUACAUAAGCUAACCAUUUGCAAAAUUUGUGGGGAGACCUAUGGUAGUACCGAUGAGCAAAACAAUCACAAGUGUAAAAUUUGUCCCCAUUGUGGUAAACAGUGCUACAACCCAACGCGUCUAAUUGUACACAUCACCAAAACUCAUGAACUGACCGCGUGUGACAUCUGUGGAAUGUCAUUUGCCGGCAAAAGUAAAAUGAUGUAUCAUAAGCUGACAGCACAUUCGGAACCAAAAUACAAAUGCUCACAUUGCUCGAAGAAGUGUUAUUUGAAAUAUGACUAUCUGCGUCAUUUAUCGUUUUGUUUAAAGGGUAAGGUCUUGCGGUGCAAAAUAUGUCAACGGACGUUCGGAAAAUUAGUCCAUCUCACUGAUCAUAUGGAAAUGGCUCACGGGGAGAAAAGAAUCCAAACAGAUCUCGGAGACUGUAUCGAACCAAAGUCCUGUGAUGUUUUGAAUGUGCGGCAAGAAGAAGAGAUGGAAAUGGAAAGCAUAGUGGAAGUGGAGGAAACAAUGCUUCUUAAAGCAGAAAAUAAAAUACCACACGAUCCUGACUGUAAUUCACCAGUCGAGAAUGUUGCCAAUACGAGAAUUCAAAAUAAAGGGCAGAAUAGACGGUUGCACAUCUCACAAACUCUGGAUGGGUAUCCGUUGAGUGGAUUUUCCGACACAAAGUGUCCCGACUGUGGCAAAGAGUGCUACCACACCGAGCGCCUUACUAUACAUUUCACGCGUCGCCAUAAGGUGACCGAGUGUAAAAUUUGUCAUGCUUCUAUUGUCGGCAGAGAUCAAACCUGGUAUCAUAAGUUAAAAGUUCAUUCGGAACCGAAAUACAAAUGCUCCCAUUGUUCGAAGAAGUUUUAUUUAAAAUACGGCUAUCGGCGGCAUAUGUCCGUUCAUAAGAUUAUUAAGGGCUAUCCCUGCAAGUUCUGUGGCCGAAAGUUUAAAACUUUACAUGAUGUGGGACGCCAUGUAAAGCAUGUCCACUUUGUGAGUAAAGUGCAACCCGACCGAGAACAUGUCCAGCAGAUGGCAAUCAAAGAAGAAAUCUCAGAACUAGAUGACGACGGAGACAAAUUGAUGUCACUGCCUUCUACAAGCGGAUCCACGAUAAAAUGUCCCCACUGUGACAAAAAGUUUCAGCAAGACAAAUUUCUAAUCCGUCACAUUGCAAGCAACCACAAGCCGCGCACUUGUAACAUCUGCGGACUUAACUUUGAAAAAACACAUCAACUUUAUUAUCAUAAGCUGACGUGCCACUCGGAACCAAGGCACAAAUGUCCGCACUGCCCGGAGAAAUUUCACUUGAAAUCUCUCUGUGAUCGCCAUGUGUCCAGGCAUAAAGAAAACACAUUUCCCUGCAAAUUAUGCAGCCUUAAGUUUAAAACUGCUCUCUCUGUUAGCAAGCAUGUGAAACUUUCUCACCGUGCUAAGGAAAUGAAAACUGAGGCCACAAAGAUGUAGUUUUGGUAAGUUAAGCCAUCUGCAUCCCUGAUUCAAAACUGAUAUAGAUCCAAAUAUUUAGAUCUGAGCCGAUCUGAAAUCAUGCACCUCGGCGUUCUAAAUUUGGUUUUAAUUUCAUACAACCACAGUUGUUUAUUUAAAUAUU